GCAAUACGACCGCCUAUUGUUGGGAUUUGGUUGGCUGUAACCCUGGAGUGAUGGCCCCGUCGGGUGUCAGCGCCCAAAACGACCCGAUUAUUGACGACCCGGAGUCCGAGGACUACAACGUGGACUCAGUUGUCGCCGGUUUUGUAGACUAUAUGCAAAAGUACAGCAAAAUGUAUGCCACGAAUCACAUGAUGUUUCCAAUGGGCGAAGACUUUCAAUACAUGGCCGCCAAUCCGUGGUUCAAAAACAUGGACAAACUUAUACAGUAUGUAAACGCCCGGCGCUCAGACAUACGGCUCCUGUACUCGACGCCCGCCUGUUAUCUGAAGGCUCUUCACGAGUCAAACCACACUUUCCCCACCAAAUCGGACGACUUUGUCCCGUACGCCUCAGACCCGCACUCCUAUUGGACGGGUUGUUUCACGAGUCGACCGGCGCUCAAACGGUACGAAAGGGUCGGCAAUAAUAUGCUUCAGACGUGCAAACAGUUGGAUGUGUUGGGCUGGCCGGAGGGCGCCGACGGUAAUGAGGGUCGGGUGAGUGCACUGCGAGAAUGGAUGGGUGUUAUGCAACAUCACGACGCCGUCACCGGCACUGAGAAACAACACGUGGCCAACGAUUACGCCCUUAAACUCUAUAAGAGUGUCGACAAGUGUCGGCAGGUUGUGGCCGAGGGGUUGAAUAAACUGAUGAUAAAACAGCCGCAGCUCCGGGAGGGCUUGCCUCUAGUGGUGGACCGACUGUUUUGCGAGAAUCUUAAUGUCAGCGCCUGUCCGGUGACCGAAUCGGACGAUUCACUCGCGGUUACGGUGUAUAACCCGAUGGGACGUACGGUUACCCAUACCGUAUGGCUGCCGGUCGUUAACAAAGUGUUCACAGUAUUGGAUCCGUUGGGAAAGUCGAUCCCGUCUACGAUAGUGCCGAUACCGGCGCCAGUGUUGGCGAUUCCCGGCCGUCAGAGUAAAGCCAGGGAUGAGUUGGUGUUUGAAGCGGUGGUACCGCCGGUCGGGUUUGCCACGUAUUUUGUCCGCCAGAAUAGCCCCCAAUCCGUACCGACCGAACCGAUUGUCCGCAAAAUUACGGCCAGUUUUUCGGCCAAAGCCAACAGUUUUGAUGUAAUGUUUGACAAAACGGGACAAAUGACUGCCAUUAGACUCGCCGGCGGUCAGUCUGUGGCCGUUGACCAGCGUUUUGAAUACUACCGGUCACUGCCGGGCAAUAAUACUGCGCCGCAGUUCCGGGCGUCCGGUGCCUAUGUGUUCAGACCGGACGGACCGUCCAAACCAUACAAUAAAACCGAUGCAGAGACCCCGACAUUAGUACAGACCCCGGGGCUGACGGAAAUACAUCGUAAGGUUAACGAGUAUAUCAGUCAAGUAAUACGAGUGGCCGCCGAUAAGGACUAUAUAGAGCUGGACUACGUGUGCGGACCCAUACCUGUGCUCACCGAUGGUGUGGGCAAAGAGAUUAUCGUCCGUUUCGACACAAAUCUCACCACAAAUGGUGUGUUAUAUACGGACUCUAACGGCCGACAGUUGUUGAAACGUGAGCGCAACCGACGGCCGACAUGGGAUAUGACGGUAACCGAAGCCCAAUCGGGUAACUAUUACCCCAUAAACACACGACUGGCCAUUCGU